GAGUUUAUAAUUUUUUUUUUGUAUUGAAAAUCCAGCGUUAAAAAUACGCAUUAUCAUAUUUAUUUAUUCGAAAGAUUCUCGUUUUAUUCCGUCAAUGUGGGAAGUGCGAAGUAAACAUCAGAUUAGUGGAUUUUUUAUUUGCAAGUAAACGAGCAAUCAGUAUUGCUUACAGAAAUGUAUAAGCAGAUUGUCAAUCAUUUAUUCUUACUUCAUUAGAUACAGUUCACUAAUGGAAAUUGCAUGUAUUGAAGUAAAGAAGAAAAUUCCUGAUUUAGCUAUAAAGAAGUUACUUUUCAAGCACUUUUUUCACCAUCAUCACCACUUCAUUUGAUAAUCAUUUCCAUCAUCCCAUGGAAACUUGAACUUUUAGGUUAAGUCAAGUUACAAAUUAUGUUUUACUUCUUUUUUUGCGGAACUUCUAAUUAGACUUUUAAUUGAGAAUGUUGUGCAACUACAUUUUUAAUUACAAAAUUUUCUUGUUUUUUACGAAAUUGAAAGCAAAAUGAGAAGUCACCGAAAAUCAAAACUUACCAGUAAUGUCUGCUGGUAUUAAUCAGCUGCAAUGCCCGUUCAAGCACCUCCGUGGACAGAUUUUCUAUGUUGUCUUAUCUGCUAUAAUGAGUUUGAAUGUAAUGUUCGUCGUCCUAUCAGUUUGGGUUGUGGUCACACAGCGUGCAAAAGCUGUUUGUCAAAGCUUCAAAGAAAGCAGUGUCCUUUUGAUCAAACAGUCAUCAACACUGACAUCAACCAACUUCCAGAGAAUUAUGCACUUCUUCAACUUGUUGGAGGCAGAGUGCCUGAAAAACCACCAGUUAUAUCUUUGGUACCCAAGCAGGAUUACAAACAUUAUUUAGAGGCAAAGAAAUGCAUAGAAGAGUUAGCAUUGUACUUAAAAUCUCCGACACCUGGCAUAGCCAAUGGCAUUUUACAGAAUAGCCCACUCAGUAGACCUAUGCAGAGAAAACUUGUCACUCUCAUCAACUGUCAGCUUGUGGAAGAGGAAGGUCGUGCAAGAGGAAUGAGAGCAGCUCGAUCUCUAGGUGAAAGAUCUGUGACAGAAUUAAUAUUACAACACCAGAAUCCACAGCAACUAUCUGCAAAUUUAUGGGCUGCAGUUAGAGCAAGAGGCUGUCAGUUUUUAGGACCCGCGAUGCAGGAGGAAGUGCUUAAAUUAGUUUUGUUGGCUUUGGAAGAUGGUUCAGCACUUUCUAGAAAAGUUUUAGUGAUGUUUGUUGUACAACGUCUUGCUCCUCAUUUCCCCCAAGCUUCGAAAACCAGCAUUGGUCAUGUAGUUCAGUUACUUUAUAGGGCCUCUUGCUUCAAGGUUUCUAAACGUGAAGGAGAUUCUUCAUUAAUGCAAUUGAAAGACGAGUUUCGCACCUACGAAGCACUUAGACGAGAACAUGAUGCUCAAAUAGUCCAAAUAGCAACUGAAGCAGGAUUACGCAUUGCACCAGAACAAUGGUCAUCUCUUCUGUAUGGUGAUACAGCGCAUAAAUCACAUAUGCAAUCCAUUAUUGAUAAAUUACAAACACCGCAAUCAUUUUCCCAGAGUGUUCAAGAAUUAGUGAUUGCUCUUCAGCGUACUGGAGACCCAGGAAAUUUAUCAGUUUUAAGACCUCAUUUAGAAUUAUUGGCUGCCAUUGACCCAAGUCCAGAUGCUCCUGCACCACCAUGGGAAGAUCUUAAAAAUGCGCAAGAAGCUGCUAAAAUUGUUGUUAAAGGACUAGUUGAUUUUGUUCAGAAUUUCGGAAGUCGUAAAGUGCCAGAGGAGCGAGUGAAUGUACAUGCAAAAUACAAAACAAGUAUGUGCCGUGAUUUGACUCAAAAAAGGAAUUGUCCACGAGGAUUGAACUGUACUUUUGCUCAUUCUGAUGAUGAACUAUCAAGGUUUCGAGCCAGGAACAAACGUAAUAUGGCUCGGGAUAAUGCUUAUGAAGAACGAAUGGCUGCGGAGAAAGCUGCUGCUGCGCUAAAAGAUGAUGUUAUUGCCUGCAACUCCUCACCACUCUCUUUGAACAGCCAUUCGAAUUCAAAUGCUGCUCUAAGUUCACCCGACUGUGGUAUAUCAGGUUAUACUUAUGAAGGAUCUUUUUUAGGAGAAACACCAUCAUGUGAAACAGAAGCAAUAUCUGAAAAUUCUCCUAGCACUCAUUUAUGCAGUGUCCCAGUUGGCAAUAGAUCAUUAUCUGAUCCUUCAUCUCAUCUAGAUGCACAUUCUUCAAUACAAACAUCUCAUAUGUUGAAUCCAGAGUCACCUGCCUUUCAGCCUUUGACAAAAAAAUCGCCUCAAGUUCUACCAGUGCAACCAUCUUAUCAAACAGUAUCAACUACUAUUCUUAGUGUCAUCCCAACUGCCAUAGCAGGCAUACCUGCAGCUAAUUUAAACUUGAGUAGUAAUUGCCUUUCUCAACCAUCAGUGCAAAGUUCACCUUGUCUUUCUACUUGUGAUACUUCAUUUUCUUCAUCUAUUUCUUGUUUACCGUCUGUUUGUCACAUGAAUGCUGUUCAGUCUAAAGAUUUUGAUCCAUCAAUACAGUCCAAGUCAGCGGUGAAAAAUCAGCUGGAAUGUCAGACCCUUGCAGCUCUUCAACAAAGAAAGAAGCAUCUGUUAGCCCAGUUGGAUAAAGUGAGACUUUCAAAUGCUUCUGGUCCUGAUCCCACAAUAAAUGGCAAUAUUUUACCCACGGAUGUUGCAACAUCAUAUUGUAUAUUGAAAACGAUGGACGAUGGUAAUACAGUUUCCUACUAUUCGCCUUGGACUUCAGCAAAUGUAUUUCCAUAUGGAUCAUCAACACACUGCACAAACAGUGAUUACAGUAAUUCUUUAAAUUCAUCUUGUAGUGAAGCAAAUUCAAUAGCUUCUACAGAAGACGUAGAGAAUGGAUUGUUGGAAAUGGAUUUCUCCAACUGUGCUCUAUUUUGUCCAUCAGAAAAAGAUGAGUUUAUUCCUUUUGACCCACCUUUAGUUUCUAAGUAUGGUCCAAUAUCUAGAUGUUCUAAAAGCUUAAUACGUGGGCCAGCUCCAAUUCAAGUGAAUGCUGUCUCUCAUAUGGGAGAACUUACUAGUCCCACUUCGGCUGUGCGUCAUCCUUUGCCAUCUGCUUCUUUAGCUCCAUCUUUUUAUGCAACAAAUGCAUCAGGUUUUACAGUCCCAGUUGCUAUUAUCCCAGAACAAUAUUUGCCUGUUGUUAAAUCUGCUUCUGUUGUUGUUCCAGUGGCUGUGGACUGUUCUGUUUGCCUUCCCAAUGAAGCUGAAUUACUAAGAAUAAGUAAUGCUGAAUUAACAGAAGGAUUCAAACCUACAGAAGAAUGCAUUGAUGGUAAUCUUUAUCAAAUGGAAGUUCAAGCAGAGGAAUUAAAUACGCAGCUUUUGAAAGAAGAAUUGUGGGAAGUUGAGAAAACAAUUGAGGAAAAAGAAAUGAAUAUUUUAAAAGAUGGUGCUCGAUACUCUGAACAUCCAUAUAAGCAGAAAUAUGAUUUGAAAAUUGGUGGCACUGUACCUACAUCUAUUGGACCUUGGCCUUCCCAGACAUUGGAAAAUAUUCCAUUUAAACCAUCUGAGAUUCCACCAAUCGAUCCAAGAACGGCAUUCAAGGGUUGAAUUGCUGCUGAGAGGAAGAAAAUGACAGUUUGUAUCUCUCAGAAGUGACUUCGAAGCUAUUGCUUUUCAUUGGUCAAGCAAUUGAAGACAGAUUUGUUCUUGCAAAUCUCUUAAGAUAUUUAUUCUCAAUGACGUAAAGUUUCCAAAAGAAAUUCGUUUUAUAUUGUCUCGAUGAGACAGUUCUUGUCUUGCAGAAAAUGUUAAAACAAUAUUUAAUAUUACCUAGGAAGACUGCUUUAGCCAUGGAUCAUUUAAUUUUGGUUAAUGAACAUGGUAUAGAAAGUCUCAAUGAGACUAUGAUUAAGCCUAAUGAAUUUGAAAAAAAUUACAUGUUUAAUGUUGUACUAAGUGAAUUUUUUUUCACUUAUUUUAUCUCUUUCAAAGGCUGUAUUUGUUGCAUGUGUAGUAAUUUUAUAAAUAUUCAUUGUGCAUGUAAAAUAUUUCAAUCUUAACGAAAUGACUGCUUUUAUGCUGUAGUUUCUGAUAUUCAGAUUAGCAGUAUAUACUCAUUAAUUUAUUAACCUCGAUUGCAAUUGAAUCAAGACAAAUUUGUUGCCAACUUGGAGAGAAAGCAUCUAAGAACUAAACCAACUUUCAUUUAUGGUAACCAAAGAGUCGAAAUUUUUGUUAAUGUGCAUAAUCCUUUGUAAUCCAAGGACAUUUUUUUUUUUUUGGUAUACAAGUUUUGUUGUUAUUAUAUAUACUUCAUGAAAAUGUUGGAUUAUUAUAAGAUCAUCAGUGUUAGUGAUAUAUUUUUUCUGAAAUCAAAGGAAAUGUAUCAUAUUUGUUGUUUCGUUUACUUAACUUUAUGUUCGAUUCAAUGGCAUAUUUAAAUCAAUGUUGAUUUCAUUAUAUUCGAAUUGUUGCUUGCAUAUUCUUGCUUUUGAUGCAUUUGCAAACAAUAAAAUGUGCGUUUUCAUCUUAUAAACGCAUUUAACUCUGCUUUUUUAAUAAUUCAUUUUUCCUGAGCAAAGCAGAAAUAGCCCCCCCCCCCCGAAAGAGCAUUUCGAAGUAGGGAAAUAAUGUAUUAAAGUAGCCAAAAAAAUUUCCCUGUAAUUUAUAUUUCCAAAUUUUUAAUAUUUAUUAAAAAUAUAAAACGUGAUUGAUGUAAAUAUAUCUUUUUUUAUUUAUGAAUUUGCAAAAAAGCAUCAAAAAUAUAUCCUAAUUGGGAUUUUAUCUUUUAACAUUUUUUAAAAAUUCCAUUACAAAAUUGGUUUUAAAAUAUCAUUGUAAAAAUGUAAUUUACAGUAUCCAUUGUAACUAAGAAAUCGGAACUAUACACUCAAAAAAUAGCAAAUAUGGCUUUUGUAUUACAUUUUUAGCAUAAUAUAUAAAUAAUAAUGAAAGGUGUUUCAUGGUAAUUAUACUUUUUAUCCAAGAUUUUUUUAAGCAUGUAUUUUUUCGUUAAUAAUUCGUAAAUAUUUACAUCUGGAUAUCACGGCUGUUCUGUAGCUAUUGAAAUUAAAAGUUCUCCUAUUUUCUAUUUUUAUAUUGUUUGGGUAUUGUUAUUUAAAUAUGGUAAAGAUUUUAGUUGGUGCAUCAAUCCUAGUGAAGUUAAAUUUUUCUCAUGAUUAUUAGUGACUAGAAGUUCUAGUAUUUUCAUUCAGAAGUUGAUCUUUAUAUUUUUAAAUACUUUACACUAUCGUUUUGACUUCAGAUAUAUGAGUUAUAUUUAUUAUGUAAGUUAUUCUUGAGCAAUCAAUAAUGAUGAUUCUGUGAUUAUUUGUGUGUGUGUGUUUGUUUGUUUGUUUGAGCUACUAUGUUUAAUGAGUCAAGGUCAAACUUCGCUUAACGAGAACUUCUUAUAACGAGUGAUUCACUUAACGAGCGAUGUUUCGCAGAUGAGCGGCGAAGAGACACUGUGACUUCACAUGCAGAAUUGGCGGGUGUCAGUUUGUGUCGAGCGCUUGUUUGAAGAGAACCCUCAUAUCUACAGGGAAGAAAUUUUAGCUGGAUACGGUGUCAACGCGAUCCCGAGAGGUUUCAGCAAAUGCCUAUAGAUUCUUAAUCGACGAUAUUUUGCUUCUGACCAUGGGUAUAGGGUUAGAGAUGAAUAGCUACAACAUUGAUGAGCAGGGGUAAGAACAUAGUCACAAUUACUGAAGAACAUAUGGAUCUGUAUUCUUUGUGUUAUAGCAAAAGCAAUUUGGUCAGGAGUGAAAGAAAUAGUAAACUCAACAGAGCAACAAAUAUUCAAUCAAAUAAAAGAACAGCUUGAGAAAUUAUUGUAUCGUACAUUAAGAAAUAUCACUCAAAUAAGGGUUAUAAAUUCAUAAGAUGAUAGAUUGAGUUCUCAUUUUCGCCAAAUUUUGAAACGUAGCCAAAAAUAAAUGUCUUUAGACGAUUUUCUUGUGAAAAAUACAUUAUCUAAUAUAUAAAAAUGGAUUUUUGUUUGUUGUAUUUUAUACGCUGCCGUACCAUUAAUCCGAUUGCGAUAAAACUUUGCCAACUUAUUGCUUGCCCUUGUGCGAAGGUUAUAGGCAUAGUGCAAUUAUUAUAUCUUAUAUAUAAAAAUGAGUUUUUGUUCGUAUUUUAUGCGCUGCCGUACCAUUCAUCCGAUUGCGAUAAAAUUUUGCGAACUUAUUGCUUUGAACCUAGAAAAUCCAUGUUUUUCACAAGGCCAAUUGUAUGUUGGAUGCUCACGAGUCGGACAGCCAAGAAAUUUAUUUGUUUUUUUCUGAAGACAGGAAAAAAAAAAUAUAUUGUCUACCCUAAAGUAUACUUGAAUAAUAAAGUCAAAAAAAUAGAAUAAACAUUAUUUAUACUUCUCCUUUAUAUAUCAUUCAGUUUCAGUGAAUGUAUUCAUUGUCGACAAGAAAAUAAAUUCUUCUAUCAUUCCUAAUUAAACAAGAUAGCUGUUUCAAAUUUCUAAUGAUAUUUCCAAAAGUAUUUCUUCCGCGGCAAUAACGCGCCGGGUACCAGCUAGUAAAUAAUCAAUUACAUCAUUAUUAUUAUUUCUUUAUGGAACGCAUUGUCCUGUUUUAAAUGGAUUCCUGUGGAAAAAAUUGUUCACUGAAUGUAAUUCUUGCCUCUAGGGAAAUCUACAAUAUAACAUAAAAUUUUUAUCUCAUUUGAAAUCAAAUUAAAAUGCUUUGUCUAGUCAAAUGAGAUCUAAUUCUCCAAUUUUACCUCAUUUCCAAAAAUGCGCUCAGUUUUGAUCGACUUUUGUUUUACAACAAAAUUUUUUUUUAUAUAUAUACAUUGUUCAUUGUCGCUUUAUAAAGAAUAUUUACUUGAGGAAAUAAAUAAAUUCUUGUUUUUCAUUACAUAAUAAAUAAAUUUAUUUGUAGUUCAUUUUACUCUUCAGAAGUAUUUUUAUAUGAUUUGUCCCUACAUGUAUUUUUAGAAUGUUUUAUAACCUAUUAUGUUAAUUAGUGAUGUUCUUUGAGGAUACAAAAAGUGCUAUUCAUUUUACUGUUGAGUGUUUAAAGUUUUCACUUAAAAAAUAACUGAAAAACCUUCCAAAAUUGCCAAAAAAAAUUGAUAAACUUUUGUAUUUUAAAAUUAACUUUAUUUUGGUCUACUGUUUUUUACCCAUUUAGUGCCGAACGACGAUAUAACAUAUUUUACAAAACUUGUUAAAAGUGCCAAUACCGAUAUAUCAUUGCAUAUGGGACGGGGCCUUACUCUUCAACAAAUAUUGCAAUACAAUUGGCAUUAAUUUCUUCUUUUUAUUUCGAAAUAUGACCCUUUUUGAAUUUUUGGAACAUUAUUCUUUUCCUUAUAUUGUUUCUUGUGAAUUUUUUACAAAACCGUAGUAAAUUCGUCAUCUUGAUCCUUCAUUCUUUGCAUUGGUACGAUACUUUCGGUCGGCACUAAAAGGGUUAAAAUAUCGCAAGUGCAUUUUAUUAUAUUGUUUUAACGCAUGAAUUUACAUAAUAAGGCUUCUGGAAUUAAUUUCUGUCUAAUGCUUCAAAAUUCUGUAUUUUUCCUAUACUUGCAUUGCUGUCAUAUGCUUUACUUUACAUUCCUUCUUGAAAUAUUGGUUUACUUAUUGAGAUGGUAAAAAUUAAUUAGAAGUAAUUUUUAAUUAUUUAAUAUUUAAAUUCUUUUCAGUAAUAUAGAAAUAUUAUCUACAACUUGAUGGGUACACAGUUUCUACGCAUUUGCCUUUUGUAUGUUUCUGGGAAUUAAGUGCUUUCACUGCUGUAAUCCAAAGAUUAUGGCAUAUAUUCAUUUUACCCCUAUUAUUUUGCUCAUGUUAUUGUAUUUUGUGAAAUAAUUUUUGUCUUUGUGGUUGUCUUGACUGUGUAUGAAACAUAUAAGUGACUCAUAUUAGUAAUCAUACUGUCUUGAUUAAAUUAUAGGUUUGAUUUAUUUUUAAAAUAAAGUUUUAUUUGCACUCUUCUUUACCCUUUGAUUUUCUGUUUCAACAACAUAAAUUGAGAUUUAAAGGAUAUGAUAAAAAAAAAAAAAAAAGUCAGUGUAUCUAUAGUUAAAAGUGCAGGCAAUGGUGUUUUUUAUUUGCAGUGAAGCAGAGAUUGUAGAAAAAUUAAUUUUUGAAAGCAACAAGCAAUUAAUUAUGGGCUUCCAAAAUAUUAAAUUAACUAUUGUAAUUGAUGAAAUGCUUUAAGGAGACAAAAUAAAUUGAAAGCAUAAACUGAAAUAUUUUAUUUUAAAAAACCAGUACUGUAAAUGGGCAAUUUUUAUAAUAAUUUUUUUUUUACUUCAUAAUUAUUCAGUUCAUUUAUAAAAUGCAUUGUGUUAAAAAAGAACUUAUAAAUUUUAAACUUUAUAGUUUUGUAUUUUAAAAUUGUCAUCUGUAAUGCUAUACUUUAAAUAUUUUAAGUUUUCACACAAGAAUUAUGUCUUAGCUGGUUGUAAUAAUCUAUUAUGCUGCUCUUAAUAGUUGUUAUAGAAGUUGAAGAGUAAGAGUUCUUUAAAAGAAUGGAGUCAAUUCAUGUGGCGCCCCUUCUUAUGGCAAACAUAAUUACUCACAUCUUCUAUAAUUAUGUUGCUUCACUUUGCACUAUAUGACAUUCUAAAAAUGAGCCUAAAUAUGAUCUUAUUGUAUGUUCAUAUUGUGCUCAAACUUUUUGAAUGUAUAAUAUCCAUUCUUGUGUGGCUUUUAUUUGUUAUAAUUCAAAUUAAAAACUUAUGGUUUUUCAUUUAACAGUUCAGAGAUUGGACUUGCACAAAUUUUAAGUUUUAAUGCUGUGAAAAGUUCAUCAACAGCUUAUGUGUGCAUUCAUUGGCUAACUUUGUUAAAAUAAAAAAAAGUAAUCUGAUAAGAUAUUUAAUCAAAUAUAUUAUAAUUUUAGAAAAUGUAAAUGCAGCUUAGAUAAGACUAAAUUUAAUGAUACUUGAUUUUAUUGUAAUUAGAUAAAUUUUAAGAACUAAAAAAAUAAAGUCUUAAUAUAAAAGGUACAUAUAUAUUACCUAAGAAAAUAGAAAGGGAGGGGGAAAAAAUCUUCAAAUUGUUAAAGAAUUGUUUGUAUUUUGAAGAACUCUGGAAUACAAAGUUUGCUAUGAAUUUCAAAUUUAAAUUAGUGAGCAUGCAUUGAUUCCAUUAUGUUGCAUAAUUAUAAAUUGUUCUGGUGCAUUCAAUUUUAAACAAAAUGUAUUUAUUAUAUUUAUAAAAUUUUAUUUUGAAUUGAAACUAUGCCAUUAUUUGAGGAAGCCAUUUCAAAUUAGCAAACUAUAGUUAAGGGUUUGGUGAAUAGUGCUUGAUUUUUUUUCUUAAAAAAAUUUUAAGAUUUCUUGAAUGUUAUAUUUUUAAUUAAGCAUCAUAAUAUGUGAAUAAUCAAUUAUAGUUGAAAAAACAUGCUCUUUUCUAUAUAUUUGGACAAGUUUCUGUUAAAAUUACCAAUUAUUAAAAACAGAGUAUGAUGCACAAUACUAGGUGAUUAUAUUUUCUGACAGCUUUGAGUAUUAAAUGUUUAAAAUUGAAGUCAUUUAUUGAAUUUUAAACUGACUGCAAAUUAUUGUCUGAAAUCAAAAGAUCAAAUAAAAGUUAUAAAUACUUGAUAAUAGUUAAUCAGUUUUUAUUUAAAGAUAUUUAUUCUAAGAAUUGGUUAUUGCAUUUCUAAUAAGCCUAAUUUAUAUCCUAAUUGUAAUGAUGAAUUCUGAAUGAUAAAAUAUCUAAUUAAUUUUAUUUAUCAUUAACAUAAGUUGUUAAUAAA